AGGUACAGUCGCUUAUACGCAUACACACAUAACACUGUUCAUUUAAUUUUAAUGCACAUAAAACAUGGUCAUUUUAAAAAUCCUGCUAGUUUUAACUCGAAUUAUUAAGAAUUCUGUAUUAAUUGUGACACUCCCCUCUCCUUUUAAUAUUAAAAAAAUGAUUUGCGAGGAUUUAGUGCAGUGCGAGGAAUGUGCAAAAAACUGCCUUUGGACUCUGAGUGGGACGGGAAAGACCCAGUGUUUUUCUAAAAAAUCAUCCUUGAAUGGAGAAUAUUUAUAUAUUAUCUUUCCAGGACAGGAUGCAUUUUGCCCAGAAAUUACUUCCCCUGUUAUCCAAGAGACUGGCACCGAUUGGACAGGAAUUGACUUAAUUGGUAUCGGAAUGAUGCUUUUUGGCGUUAUUCUCGGAAUCUUGUGUGGGAAUGGUGCAGCCAAAAUGAGAAUGCGGGCACUUUGGGGAGUCAUUGUGGAACGGUCCCAAGGGAUGCGGAAUUGGUCAACUAAUUUAAGGCCUGAGCGUCUUUUACACUGGAAACGGACCGAGAAUGCAGAGAUUUGCAUAGUCGUCUUCUCUGACAAAAACGCAUCCCCUUCUUCCGCUACCACCCCCUGGCUAAAUCCACCCCACCCACACAUCGAGGUUGAAGUGCAUGGACCAACCCCACUGCGCCAAACCACACCCAGGUCCGCGGAAGAGCUGACCCCACCUAUCCUACUUUACCCUUCUAAGCCAAUUGCAAGGGAAAGUCAAUCCGGUCAAACUCCAAUGUCUCAUCUUGAGAGAUCACUAUGCGAUCAAAAAAUCGCAAAACUUUUCCAGCCAAUUUUCCCCAAGAACGGUCGUCAUCAUCAUCAUUGCGCAUCAUCAUCUCCACCGGGUGGCAUAGACGCCGAAAAAUUAUAAAGAAUAAGUCAAAAAGGAAUAGGCGAAAUUAAAGUUAGAUGAGAGCAUGCAAUAUUAUCACGAAAAAGCGAGAAAGAGAAAUUCAAAGGGGAAAGAAACUUAGGAUUACAACUUUUAUAGUGCAUGAGGUUUUUCUGCCUGGUUAGUCAUAAUAACUGGCAGUUAAAAAAUAGUGUGCAAAUUAAAAAUAUACUUAAAAUGCUUCCAAUUUGAUUUAAUUAUACUCACUUUAAUCGAAUUCCUCCAUUUUUUCAAGUGACACUGCAAUUUAGUCCACUCGUUUUCCAUAUCACACCCCAAUUUAAUCCGUCAACAUGGUGGUAAAUUUUCUUAAUUAUAAGCAUCAACCUGCAGUGUACACAUGUUGUGCUGUGCGUAUGCAUGCAUACACGUACCUACCUAUAUACAUACAUAUAUACACGUGCUUACGUAUCUAAUUUAUGCAUAUGUAUUCUGCAUUUGAUAUUCUUAUGUAUACUGUCCAGUAUGAAUAUCUUUGUUUUACUUACUUCAAAUGUUCGCGCAUAUUAAAUUUAAGAAGUGUGCAUACAUUUAUUUAAUUAUCAACGGAUUAAACAAUUUCAGACAAAUAUUUGCACACGUGUCGAAUAAAUAAAGGGUUAAUUAAUCCUGCAAAAUUUACGAGUUA